ACGAAGGUUGUACAAUCAUAUCAACAUGUUAUUCAGAUGGUUUUGCGCGUCUCUCCUGAUCUUGGCGAUUCAAGAUGUCGUUGCGGCGGGCAUCGACCAUAUCGAUUUAGCCCAAUUCAACAUGGUGUAUUACAAUCUGGCCACACAAACGGGAUUGAAGGGUGAAUUGGAAAACACCGGUCGACAUCCUCUAACCAACGCCAGGAUCUCUUUUCGCGGCUUAGGAUGCAACUGCUUAGGUCUUACGUGCGCCUGUUGCACCGGCAUCAACUUAACCGCCAUCAACUUCAAUCGUCGUACCUGCACCAAUUUCACCUAUGACCCCGACGAGUUCUCCAUCAAGGUCGCAAUCAUGAUGAACGAGAGGGAGGUUUUUGCGUACUCUUUGUCCGCCAAAAAUCCGCCGCCUCUCUGCGUGCCCUUUUCCUAUCUUCCCAUCAUCAAUUUCUGCGUACGCUUCUUCGACAUCUACACACCCGGGAGCAAUCUUCACGCGUGCAUCGACUUCGAGACACGCGUGGUCAACUGGCCGAUUUUGGUCCUGCAUUUUAAUUGCGUCAAGAUUGGACUGGACGGUAUCUCUUGGACGAAGCCGCAAGACGGCAGCAACGCCGUUCUUCAAGCGCAGUCCGAAGCGAGCGAGCCCGAAGUGUACGACGACGUGGACUUCGAGCAUGAUCCCGUGUUCCCGAACAAUCACACUUCCGGCUUAACUCCCGAAGAGGAGGCCAACAUCGGUCAACUAAAGCUGUGACUUUUAUGUCGGCCACACAAUUACACGUCUUAGAGUUGAUAUUAUAAUAUAAUAGUUUUAUACUUAUAGUUUUAUGGAUUAUAUUUAAGUACCACAUAUGUGUGUAUAAUUAUUAGAGCGAGCUUAGAACGUAAGUAUCACCUGUUGUACACGAAUGGCCU